AUGUGAUGUGAAAGUUAACCAAACUUUAAUCCAAUAAAAAACAAAUACUAAAAAUUUGGUAUUUGUAAAAACAAAUACUAAAAAUAAUGGAAAAUUACAAAAAGGGAAAAAAUAUCGAAGAACCUUUAGAAAGAAAUAAAAUACCUAUACCAAAACUUCCAGAGAAUUUUCUGUGGAUGCAGGUACGAGGAGGUAGCAAAAUCAGAAAUCUUCUAACACACGCCAUAAAUGAAUUCCCUGAAGCAAAACAUGUUGUAUGGACGGGCUUUGGAUCAUCUGUAGGGAAAUGCAUAACCUGUGCCGAAAUUAUGAAAAGAGAAUUCAAUAACACUUUACAUCAAAUAACAAAAAUAUGUUACAGGCUUGUUGAAGAAUACUGGGAUCCUCUACUGCCAGAACUUGAUCAAAUAGUUGUAAAGCGAAGACUGCCAAUGAUCCAUAUCUAUUUGUCUUCUGAGAGCAUAGAUACAGAAGAAUUAGGAUAUCAAGCUCCUGGGCAAAUAUUAUUUUUCAACAGUCAGACUAAGGGUAAUAAACAAAAACCGAAGAAUAAUGAUGAAAAACAGUAUACAAAAAGAAAUCAAAAGAAAAAUAGGGACAAAAAACCAAAAAAUGGCUCCACCACAAAUGGUUCUAGCAGUAGCAAUGUAGUCAAUACAUCAGAACAUACCUAGUACAUGUUUUUUUUUUAUAUAUUGAAUGUAAAUAAAUUACUUUUUUAAAUAAAACAAAUGUUGUACUU